UGCUUCUCUAAUACAUAAAUUUUGCUGUGUUUCAUCACAUUUUUGAUUACAAUCUCUCUCUCGAAUCACUCUUUGAGUAGUGCUACUAACAAAGCUCUUACUAUUUUUUCAUUAACGGAACAUAUUGUUGCCGAUUGUAGAGGAUCAACUAUUUGAUCACAAUAUAUUCAAACAAAUAAUAAUAAUAAUAUAAUAUUACCUUUAAAUAUGAGAAGAUUUUUUGCUUCCAAUAGCGAACAGGCUGUUAACGAGAAUCUAACAGGUGAUAAUACAGAUGAUUCAUCAGUCAAUGAUGAUGACGUAGAGGAUGGCGUACAAAUUCAUCCACUUUCAUCAAGUACUACCUCUAAUACGCACAACAAUAACAAUAAUACUAGUAUUCACCACUCUGAAUCUGUUUCAACCCUUCCACAACAUCAUGAAAAUUUACGACCAAUUAGAAGUGAUAGCAACAUGGCCAAUAAUAACGAUUCAUCAACCGAUGAUGGAACAUCAAAUACAAUAAUUGGAUCAUCAAUUAUUAACAAUUACUAUGAAACUAAUAGAACAACACAAAGUAAUAGCGUUGUGAGUCAAGAUGUUAAAAUGUCCAAAGUACUUCUCAGUCCUGCUCUUCUUCCUGGUGAAGAAAUUAUCGACAAGGAUACUCAGGUGUUUGAGUGGAAUGGACAUACUUCACCUCAGAGAGUUGCUUGGCAUCAAGGUGUUUUAUUCAUUACAAAUUAUAGACUUAUUUUCAAGCCUGCAACACAAUCAACCUAUGAUGAUGUUCCUCAUCAAUUCCAAGGAAGUGAUAUUCCUCUAUGUACCAUCUCUAAAUUGGAAAAGAUUGGAGGUAAAACAAAUUCUACUAAGGACUAUUCCUAUCUCAUUGAAAUUUUCACUAAAAAUUUCCAACAUGUGAAAUUUGCAUUCGUUCCAACAAGAGGAACCAGAGGAAGAAUUUUCAGAACAAUUAGAGAUGAUAGAAAUCCAGAACAUUUCUUUGCUUACAAAUAUAGACUUACUAUUCCUCCACCUACUACUAAUACUAUUGGUGAAGCUACUUCUCCAACAGGUGUGGAAAGUCCAUCAAAUGGAUCUUCAUCAAAUGGUAUACCAAGUAUUUUACCAACACCAUCUUCUGAACCUGUUGAUGGCUGGAGAGUGUACGAUUUGGUUAAGGAAUAUACAAGACAAGGAGUUCUUAGUAAUAAUAAUGUAACACCUCAAAAUACUUCUCACCGACAAAUCAAAACUCCACCUUCUAACAUGUCUAAACAAAACUGGAGAAUUUGUACUUUGAAUCAAAAUUACAAGAUUUGUGACACCUAUCCAAGUCUUUUCCUUGUUCCAAACAAUUUAUCUGAUGAAGAAGUUAAGGCUGCUGCAGAAUUCAGAUCGAGAGGCAGAAUUCCAGUUUUGAGUUGGUAUGAUCCUGAGACUGAACUUUCAUUAACCAGAUGUGCUCAACCAAUGAUUGGUCUUAAUUUUACUGGUAAAAUAACAAAGAAGCAUAUUGGUGAUUAUAGAACUAUUGAAUCUAUUAUGCAAGCCAGUGAAAAGACUCAACAAAGAUUAAUGAUUGUCGAUUUGCGUCCAAGAGCUAAUGCUGAAGCUAAUCGUGUCAUUAAAGGUGCUGGUUAUGAAAAGAAUUAUAAGAAUUGCGAACUUAGAUUCAUGAAUAUUGAAAAUAUUCACGUGGUUAGAAAUUCCUUUGCUAGAUUGGCUGAUGUUUGCCACGAUUUCGGAGGUGUUGAAUUGAAUUGGCAUAGCAAGGUUGAAAGCACACAAUGGUUAGAACAUAUUCGUUCAAUUUUGACAGCUGCCCAUUUUUGUGUUGAUGUAUUUUUCAGAGAACGUACAUCUGUACUUACUCACUGUUCUGAUGGUUGGGAUAGAACCAGUCAAGUUGUUUGCCUCUUCCAAAUUAUGGCAGAUCCAUACUGUAGAACCAUGGAAGGUUUUGCUGUUCUCAUUGAAAAGGAAUGGUGUGCAUUUGGUCACCAGUUCCAAAAGAGAAUUGGUCACGGUAGUCGUCAAACUUUCUACACUGAUGAACGUGGUCCUAUUUUUGUUCAAUUUAUUGAUUGCGUUUAUCAAAUGAUGCGUCAACAUCCAACUGCAUUUGAGUUUAACGAACUUUUCUUGAUUUUCGUCCUUGAUAAUUUGUAUUCUUGUAGAUUUGGUAACUUUAUUUUCGAUAAUGAAAGAGAAAGAGUCAAAUACAAGAUUUAUGAAAAGACUCAUUCUAUGUGGACAUACUUGUUGAAUAGAAACGUCCUUGUUGAAUAUGAAGGUUGUGGUACCAACUAUCUUAAUCCUUUCUAUGAUCCUGAUAAUACAACCUAUGUAAUAUAUCCAGAUUUAAGACAUAGUUCUAUACAGUUAUGGUCCACAUAUUGGCUUAGAUAUGCAAAGGAUCCAAAUGGAUACGAAUAUUAUGGUUAUACACCUUUGCAUACUCUUCAAAUCAGAGCAAAUGAAAUUAUUGCUGAUAUGAAUAAGCUUCAAGAAAUUAAGGCUCUUUCAGAAAGCAAAAACGAAGCUACUGUUCAAACAUUCCAAAGAGAAUUCAAAAACAUGUGGGAAGAAAUUCAAAGACUCAAGAAGAAGAAUGAAGAACUGGAAGAAAAAUAUAAGCGUGAUACUGAAGCAUUAAUUGAUUUGUGCGAAAAGCAAAAGGAAGAACUCUCCAAUUAUGCUAACACUCAACAAAAUCUGUAAUUGUAACAAUAAUAACUUAUUGGUUUAUCCUCUGUAA